AGAUGCAGAUCUUGCAAGAUUUUAUCCUGCGAAGAAUUAAAUGACAGUGCAACAGUACACCAAAAACCAAGUAUCAUGCCAUGUACCCGUGUCCUCUCAAAAGCAACGUAACAUAUGGCGUUUUCGCAUAGAUUAAUCAAGAGAAAUUGAGUCAAUUUUCCGACACGGCGACCCUCAAUUCCGGAAAAGAUGACAUGAAGGGUAGAGUCGUUCUCUAAGGGAUUGGCAUGACUAACAGCCGUAACCAAGCUUUCCGGUACUGCGCGUCUCUCCUUUAACCGAACCGUACCUAGCAUGGUUGCAAAUUAGCAAUUGAGGAACAGAUCUAGUUUGCUGCAAGGGAUAAUCUAGUCGGCCAAUCUAGAACUCAGCCGCCACCACGAAUUGAACCUGCUGUUUUUCUGGUCGCAUCGAUAGAUAGACUGCGGGGAAGCACUGAAAGAAAGGUCGCGGAGCUUGACCUGCCCUAUUAGGCCCGGGGAGCUGCAGGAGGUCUCCAGUAGAUGGUAGGUGUGACAUGAGCACUACCGAUAAGCCUAUUGGGCUCGUAAAGGGUUAAUAUAUAUAUCAUCUGGUCGCCUCUGCCUCCAAAAUGGUGUUGAUUUUGUGAUUUUCUUUCGGGUACAGCUAAACACGAUGCAUAUUCACCAGCUAUUGCUGGGGCUUUGCCUCAGCAUCGAAACAUUCGCUUCUGCUACCUUACUGUCUGAGCCUGGUGAAGUUACUGUAAUACCAUCGUGGGAUAUUCAAUCGACAGAAAAAGUGGGCGCGGAUCUUGAGGCAUUAUCUCAAGCGGGCGUCGAUACAAAAACAUGGCAUGCGGUGAACAGUUCUCGAUGCACUCUUAUGGGUUGUCUCAUAAAUGCUGGCGUGUAUCGCGAAGACGGAUUAUUCUUCUCCAACGCAUUGCAGAGCUUCAAUUCGAGCCAAUUCAAGGUUCCUUGGAUAUAUCGGAAAGAAUUCGCCCUUACUCCUGAACCUGGCCAGCACUAUCAUCUCCAAACUCAUGGAAUCAGCUCCAGCGCCGAUAUAUAUAUCAAUGGCCAAGAGGUGGUCGCCAGAAAGUCGCAGGCAGGUGCCUAUGUCGGUAAUAUCUUCGACAUUACCGACAAGGUGAAGGAAGCAAAUGCAGUGGCAAUUCAAGUUCAUCCUACCGAUUAUAAUUAUGACUUUGCCCUCGGUUUCGUGGAUUGGAACCCAUAUCCACCAGAUAAUGGCACCGGGGUGUGGCGGGAUGUCGAAGUAAAGCAGACAGGACCAAUUGCUUUGGGGCCUUUGCGGGUGGCUACACAGGCUAAUUUACCAAUCGGGCACUCCAGCGCGCUUGUAACAUUGAAAGCAACUGUCACGAACCUAGAAGACCGUGAAUACACUGUUCUGAUAGCAGGUAGUAUUUCCCUAGAAGGAGGAGCCAGUGAAAGCUAUGACUUCAACCAGACAGUGACGGUGUCUCCCAGGCAGUCCGUUGAAGUUGCUCUAGACACGGCGAUUAACGAACCUGCAAUAUGGUGGCCUAAACAAUGGGGCGCCCAACCGCUUUACAUAGGCCAAUUGUCCGCGACCGUUGAUGAUGCUGUUUCUGACAAAGUCGAGAGGAAUUUUGGUAUCCGUAAAGUCACAGCGGAUCUCAACGCGAACAAUGACACGUUGUUUUUUGUCAACGGCUACCCAUUCCAGGUUGUCGGCGCGGGGUAUUCAGCAGAUAUAUUCCUACGCUGGGACAGUGCUAAGUUUUCCACGCAAGCCAAGAUGAUGCUCGACUUGGGUCACAAUACUGUCAGAUUGGAGGGCAAGAAUGAGCACCCUGAGCUCUACGAUAUCGCGGACCGUCUGGGGAUAAUGGUUUUGCCAGGCUGGGAAUGUUGCGAUAAAUGGGAGGCCUGGAAGUAUAACGAAGAUUUGGCUGUCAAGUCGGAGUGGACAGAUGCCGAUUACAUCAUAGCGAAUAAGAGUAUGUCUCAUGAGGCUCUCAUGCAACAAGGACACCCCAGUGUUUUGGGGUAUCUAGUCGGGAGUGAUUACUGGCCGGACGACAAAGCAGCGGAGAUGUACUACUAUUCGCUUAAGGCAGCAGACUGGCAGAUGCCUAUCGUCGCGUCGGCGUCAGAGAGAGGGUAUCCUAAGAUUUUAGGGCCGUCAGGAUUGAAGAUGGCCGGGCCAUAUGAUUGGGUACCUCCAAAUUACUGGUACGACGUAGACCCAGCGGAGGAUCGUCUAGGUGCUGCUUUCGGUUUCGGUUCUGAACUCGGAGCUGGUGUUGGUACUCCAGAAAUGGGUAGCCUAAAAAAGUUCCUAUCGGAUUCGGAUCUAGAAGAUCUCUGGAAGAAACCGAACAAGGGGCUUUACCAUAUGUCAACGAGUGUAUCGUCCUUCUACGAUCGCAAAAUCUAUAAUGCUGCCCUCUGGAAGCGCCUCGGCGUGCCUUCUUCGUUGGAAGACUACCUGCUCAAAGCGCAAAUCCUUGACUACGAGGCGACGAGGUCUCAGUUCGAAGGCUUUGCCGCUCUGUGGAAUGCUGAAAGGCCGGCGACAGGCUUGAUAUACUGGAUGCUGAAUAACGCGUGGCCGAGCUUGCACUGGAAUUUAUUCGACUAUUAUCUACGCCCCGCCGGAUCGUAUUUUGGGGCAAAGGUUGGCGCGAGAAAAGAGCAUGUAGCAUAUGACUACAAUGGGAAACUUGUAUACCUGAUUAACCGAUCCCUGGACCAAGAUGGGCCGAGGACAAUAUCAGCGCAGGUCAUCGAUAAGAACGGCAAAGAAAUCUACAAGACGCAGAAAGUUAUCCAGACCGAACCAAACACUAGCAAGGAAAUAUUGGACCUUUCCGAUGCCCUCGAAGCGAUUACGGAUGUCGUGUUUCUGAGGCUCGUCCUCUCUGAUGGCGAAGCUGCUGUUUUAAGCCGGAAUGUCUACUGGCUUGCGAAGACGGUUGACACCUUGGAUUGGGAUAACUCGGACUGGUUCUACACACCGGUGACCCAGUAUGCCAACUUCACAGCGUUAAAUAAUCUGCCGAUUGCAGACGUCUCAAUAACAUUAGCGACGCCUGCAAAGAGAGAUAGCUCAAAAUUGGGACAAGUAGUUGUGGUUGAGAACCAUUCGGAUGUUCCCGCAUUCUUCGUCACACUUAACCUUGUCGACAAGGAAGGUAACGACGUUUUGCCUGUGUUUUGGUCGGAUAAUUACGUUACACUAUGGCCUAACGAGAAGCUCGAGCUUCAAGUAGAAGGAAAGGGCGGUGCUUCUGUGCAAGUCGCCGGUAAAAAUAUUCAUAAAGCGGAGGCAUAUUUGUAAUCAGAAGUCCUGCGACUCAUGAAAUAUUCAUGGCUGUGCUUAGUAAUAAAUAUAUCGAAUUCUUUCGCUCGUCACUAGCACAAAAAUCCGUAAGAAGGGUAACGGCUCGGACCCCAAAAGUCCUCCUUCCGGUCCCCAAGCUUCCUAUUGAUGGUGUCUUUUCCAGGUCUGAAAAAUACACCC